AUGGAUACCGCGAACUUGGAGGAGCCAAAGACGGAAGAUCAAGGCGGUUCGAGAGAGCAGGUUCCAAAUCUGUCCAAGCUAAUUGCGUUUCUGAACUUCAGCUAUAUCUUUGACUUUCUACCUACGAACACAGUCACCCCAGAGUCAGAUCCCAAGGACGGAAUCAUCGAGAAUCGAGUAGAUUUCAACCUAUUCCAGUCAGCUGAAGAUGAUUCGCGCGAAGAGGCGAGGCGCGAGGCCAAGAACAAGGCUCCCAACACUGCGUUUCGAUGGGUUCACAUACCCGUCAAUGACACCGAUUUGGUCCAACUAUCCGAUACAUGGGAGCACAGGGUGCGACCGACGUUAUCAGUUCCAGAAUAUUCUGUCCCAGCUCACGCUUGGUACAUGGAGCCAUCCUUCCAAGUGCAAGGCGAGGACAAGACAACGUUUGCAUUGUUUCUUCCUUAUUUGAACUGGGACAUAUUUAAAAAUCUCAAAUGGUUCGGAGGCACUCUGUGCGAAUCGCCAUCUCCCUCACGACAUCUGAGAAGAACCCUGGAUCAGUUCUUUUACUCUGGACUACAGAAUACAAAGGUCCGAGAUGCUCAGCAAACUGUCUCAAAGUGGACAGGCAGGAGUCCAGGCGUCGGGACCGACGGAAGGACUGAGGCGGCAUCGGACAGCCUUGUCGUUAUGGUCGAUCAACUCUGGGUGUGGCUUGUACAAGAUGCCUCAGUACCGACAUUGAUCUCAUGCUUCCCUUCUGAUGAUUUCGAACAUCAGAAGCAUCCUACUGGACAAUCCACCUUUACUGGUAUCAUGCGUUCGAUCGUUCGGGACUUCUCACCAAUUGCCGAUGUGUAUGAUUUGACGGGUUCUCUGGUUAUGCACUCCAUAACGAAUAUCUUCAAAGAUGAGAAUAGCAAAUUCGGCGACCUGGUUGCUAUUUAUAGAUUGGCGAUCGGGAUCAAGGCGGCUCGACAUACCGAAAAGCUCGAGUCUUUUAGUGAACGACAAUCGUCUCGCAACCGAGAACACCCUGCAGCUGAGGGAACUGAUGAGUUGAAACUUAUCCUAGAGAUUGCAGAUAUCCUUGACGAGCUUAAUAUGCUGCUCCUCAUACUAGAGAAACAGGCUCGCGUGUUAGCCUCGCUGCAGACAAAUUUCCACCGACUCAAGCCCUCAGACCGUAAGGCAAAAGAAGGAGUUGACCAACGUGAAAUCCUGGUCACAAACAGCACGUUGCACAACGUCAUAAUUAGGAACGGUGCAUCACGUAUUGGGUUCGACCACUCGGAUCUGCACGGGCUCGAAAUUUUAGGCGAGGAAAGGAUGAGCACAAUUGACGUCCUACAUAUUGGUGGCAAUGCCGGUGUUUUACUUCAACAGGCUGAACAAAAGCUGAGAUUGGAACAGUCCAACACUGAGAGACUCCAGGCCGAUGCGGCGCAGACACACAAACUGCUUCUGGAGCUACUUAACCUUGAACAAACAGCUGCGAGUCUGAAGGAGGCCCGUGAUACAACCAAGCAAGGAAAAGCCGUCAUGUUGUUUACAAUCGUUACCAUCAUCUUUCUUCCUCUGUCCUUCUUCACCUCCUACUUCGGCCAGAAUGUGUCUGAGAUAACUGGGGAUGCGAACAACCCAACCUCUGGCGAACUUUGGAAGAUUGCAGGUCCAAUAUCAGUCGUGGUGAUCAUCUUCGCCCUUCUCGUUGCCUUUUUUAUCAUGUUUCCCUGCAAGGAGUGGAAGAAACGUGAACACCAGCAGGCGCAACCCCGUGCAGGCCAUCAUGUGCAGGUCUAA